UGCUCCUCUUUUGGACAUAUAUCCUUUUAAAGAAAAAAAUUGAUAUGCUGUGGACGAGUCCCGUUCUUUUGGAAUUGUCUCCUGUUUCCUAGUGUGUAAAAAUUAGCUAUUCAGCUUCAAUCCGCUCACAGGUACAGAGACACGAAGAGGGUAGUCAGAGAUUUUCCAUGGCGGCUUCAAAGCUCCAAGCUUUUUGGAAUCACCCGGCAGGACCAAAAACCAUUCACUUUUGGGCCCCGACUUUCAAGUGGGUUAUCAGCAUAGCCAAUGUCGCUGACUUCUCGAAACCACCUGAAAACAUCUCUUACCCUCAGCAAUGCGUUGUUGCUUGCACUGGAGUUAUUUGGUCACGCUACAGCUUGGUGAUUAAGCCGAAAAACUGGAAUCUCUUCUGCGUGAACAUGGCGAUGGGUGGGACCGGGAUCUAUCAACUGUCUCGGAAAUAUCUGCACGAUCGCGCUUCUGAAACGGAGGAGGCCAUGGCUGAAGAAUGACCGGGUUCAGGAUAUUGGGAUAAGUCUUCUUCAUUUGGAUGUGUAGCUGGACAGCCUGGACUCUUGUUUGAUGUCGUAGGCGACCAAUGUCUGAUGAUAAUCAUUCUGGAAUAUUAUGUUUAAAAAUGAAAAAAGUAAUUUACAGGUAA